GCGGCUGAGUGACGGGGUGUUUCCCUCCUGAGGGGCUCCGCAGUGUUUCACCGUUAGUUAUUCAGGACAACAUGUUUGGUGUUAAACUUCAGUUCAGCUCUUUGUGUCUCUGUCUGGUUUUAUCCGGAAUAACACUUGGACUUGGACAAGGAGUCAUCAGUGUGACAGAGGACAGUGAUGUUGUUUUACCGUGUUCCCUCAGCACCAAGGAGAACAUCGAGUUCAAGCUGUUUGACUGGAAGAAACCUGCUCAGAAAGAUCAACCUAGGAAGGAGGUGUUCUUCUACGAUGCAGGCGUCCAUUACAACAACGGACAUCCAGGUCAGAGUGAGGAGUUCAAAGGUCGAGUCUUUUUUUCUCAAAAAGAGCUGAAACAAGGAAACGCCUCCAUAACCAUCAGAAACACAACGGUGACUGACCGUGGAAUCUACACCUGUGUUUUUCCUCGUCUGCAGCCACCUCAGAGAUUCCAGAUUAAACUUAUUGUUGCUCUCAUCCUAAAAGUCAGAGAAAUAGCAGGUGCAUCUCCAAAACCAUCUGUCACAAUACUUGAUCACCCAGAGGGUGGGGCGCUGCUGCUGCAGUGUUUUGUUCAAGGUGCUUAUCCAAAACCAGAACUCCAGUGGAAGGACAACGCUGGAAAAAAUCUGACUGCUGCAGAGCCACAGGUCACAGAAAGAAAAGAAAAGGAUGCUACACGCUACGAUGUUACCCUCCAAAUCACAGUGACCAAGACUGACUACUACAGCUGCGUUGCCACACAACAUGAAAUCUACCAUCAGAUUACAUCUGAUAAGAUCUAUGCAUCUCCCAAAGAGAAGCUCAUAUGGCUAAUCGGAGGGUUGUUUCUCGGAUCGGUGCUUUCUGCAUUGGUUGUUGUAGUUUGGUUCAAACGUCAUCAGAUAAUGAGAACAUGUCGCGAAAAAGUGAAACUCGUCAGAGCGGAAGAAGGCAAAACUGUUGUUUUACCGUGUUCUGUCAAGGAGAACAUAGAGUCCAACCACUUUCGCUGGACGAAAGAUGCUCAGGAAAAUGAACUUCCGAAGGAGGUGUUCUUAUACUACAAAGGCAACCAUUACAACAACAGCAGUGGAGGCCAGAGUGAGGAGUUCAAAGAACGAGUCAAACAUAUUCAAACAGAACUGAAAGAUGGAAACGCCUCCAUAAUCAUCACAAACAUAAAGAGGGCUGACACUGGAAUCUACACCUGUGAAUUUCCUCUUCUGGAGCCACCUCAGAGAUUCCUGAUAGGGCUUAUUGUUGACGGACAGGGAGAAGACGAAGAUGAUGAUGGAGCCACAGAGCUUUCACCUUUGUCAGUGUGACCUUCCUGAGCAGUGAAGCAAACAGGAAGUGCCUUCAGAAGUCCAGCAGGGGGCGCCACCGUCCGGCCCUAUCUAUCUAGCCCUACCUAUCUAUCUCAAAACAAAAUGAGAUGACUCCUAUGGAAGCCCAUUUUCAUAGAAGUUAUAGAAAUAAAUAGUAAAACUUGGCACUUUUUUCUGACCUUUUUUGCCCAUAUUAAAUUUAAAUUAUCAGAUAAAAGUCAAAAUAAUUAGAUAAAAAGUCAAAAUAAUGAGAUAAAAAAAAUCAAAAUUAUGAGAUGAAAAAGACAAAAUUAUGAGAUAAAAUUAUAAGAUAAAAAGGGCAAAAUUAUGAGAUAAAAAGGCACAUUCAUGAGAUAAAAAAGUCAAAACUUUGAGAUAAAAAUGAUGAGAUAAUAAAAGUCAAAACUAUGAGAUAAAAUUAAAAACUAUUAGAUAAAAAGUAAAAAUUAUGAGAUAAUAAGUCAAAAUUGUGAGAUAAAAACUGACUUGUGUCUUUUUAUCUCAUAAUUAUGACUUUUUGUCUCAUAAUUUUGACUUAAUAUGGGCAACAACAAAAUAAGCCAAAUUUUUAUUUUUAUUCCUAGCAGAAACGAUCUUCCAUAAACUUGAUUUAUUACCAACAUUCUGGUGUCAAUCUCUAGUUUCAAGUCUUCUCCAAGACAACAUGGUGUGAAUGUGUAAAUAAUGGUCCCAUGUAGAAGAAAAUAGAUGAUAAAGAAGCUUAUGACUCAGACAUGAGUAACUGAACCUAAAUGACUGUAAAUAUUUUGUUGCUGGAGUGUGAAGAUGUUCUUAAAGCUGAGGCCGCUUCAAUCAGAAACAUCUUGUUUCGAUUAUUUUGACUGAUAUUGAAGUGAUUCACAGUAUUAGUGGGAUUCAUCAUGAAUGAAUUAUCUUUAUUUUUCGGCUAUAUAAUUUACAUCUAGAAAAUCAAAUUUCACACAAUUUUUCUCCAUAAAUAAAUCAUUGUUGAGUCAUCAUUCUCAUUGUUAUUCAAAAAUACAAUACCAUGAGUUAUUUUUGUUUUGCAAUAAACAAGCUUUUCUUAAAUGUGCUGAAUAUUAUUAUUAAUAAUAUGUAUGUUAUUAUUAUAUUUUGUAGGCUGGGACGUCUCAACAUUACCUGGGAUUACUUAUGAUAUUUGACACAUUUUGCCUUUCAGAAACAUUGCACUAUAUAUUAAUCUGUAAUGCUUUUUGGAUAAAAUGUCCAUUAUUGUGCAGCACUAUUUAAAAUGUAAGAAAAAAUAAAAUAAUGUUUUUAUUAUUAGUUCAUUUGGAUUACUGCCUUCCCAUUCUGAGGAUUCUGUUUCUAUUUUUUUUUUUUUAUAAAUAAUCUGUUUGUUUCUGCUAUAUAAUCUGAUGAUUGUGGCCUUUUGAAUGUGUUUAUUAUUUGUGCUCAUAUAUCAUGUUGACAACAAAGGCUUUAAAAUGUCAUGUUUGUUUCUUCAUAUUCAACAUUUACAAAAAAACAAAACA